AUGGGCGAUAUGCGAGGCAUGAAGCGCGCGCGCGGGGAUGAGGACACUUCACGUUCUCACUCGAGGGCUGCAGAGGCCCCAGGCACACGCUUAAAGAAGCCCAAGCGCUCCAACUCUGAGUAUCCGCCGUCGUUCUGGGAUAAUCUCUCCACGAUUCCAUUGACUCGUGGUGCUUUGCGAGAACUUGACCGAAGAAACAGGACAAACGCUGCCUCUUGGUCCCCACGUCCAGCACAACCACAGCAGGUACCACAAGCCUGUCGCGAUAUCAAAGAAUUUGCGAGACGAGGGGGUCCGAGCUUACUCGACAUCAGAGGUAAGCCAAACUCGGUCAACAAGAAGCCAAACUCGGUCAACAAGAAGCCGAAGCCGGUCAUCAAGAAGCCAGAGUCGGUCGACAAGAAGCCAAAGCCGGAAGAUCCACACCUCGUCGAUUAUGGGGUGUACAUGGCCAGCGAGGACCCUGAACCUGCCAAUUUAGAGGCAAUCCGCGACGAGCUGCGACGUGGAAGGUCAUCACUGUCACCCGGUCAGUUCACGAAUGAUGCUUUCAAAACCUUUAAGAACACGCAAAGGGCCGCGAAGGAUGAAGCGACUAUCAUGAACACCACCAUUGGAUUGAUUUGUGGAAAUGAUGUAAACGUGUCAAACGCUAGGGACAUCCUCUUCACUCACCUCGAGCCUCUCACGACGGGGGACAUUGUCAAACCAAAGCCCGACUUUUUCGAUGGCGCCCACCAACACGAGCUGAGCGAAGCGCUGCGCGCAGAUACGUCGCUAGCAAAAAAGAUCGUUCCUACCAAGCACGCACAUAUUCCUGUUGUGCCGAAUCUGUUUCUAGAAGUCAAAGGGCCUGGAGGUAGCUUCAUUGUGGCAGAACGACAGGCUUGCUACGACGGCGCACACGGAGCGCGUGCCAUGCACGCUCUGCAAAACCAUGGCUCGAAAGAUCAAACAUACGAUGGCAAUGCCUACGCGUUCAGCGCUACGUAUAUUGGUGGUACGCUCACUCUCUAUGCGCAUCAUGUCGCAGCGCCUGUUUCGGCGACAUCUGCUCAUCCGCAAUACUACAUGACGGAAAUAGAUGCAUAUGCCAUCUCAGGUAACAGGGGCAGAUUUGUCGAAGGCGCGGCUGCUUUUAGGAAUUUGCGGCUGCUGGCCAAAAGAUAUCGCGAGACCUUUAUACGCAAUGCGAAUGCGAAUGCGCAGAGUCUGGCAUCAGGGUCGCCGCAUGACAUCCUGACGUCCACCGAGAGCCAACAGGGGCUCAUUGAGUGA